UUCGAUUGUUUGAUCGUCACUAUAAUCAGAGGCUGAAAUCAACAGAUUCUUGUACGGAUUCUUUUGCGCUCUUCUGAGUGUUUUUGUUCCUUUUGAUCGAUUCAGGAGGACGAUGUCGAUGAUUAUAAAUUUUCUGCGUCGCAUUUUUGGGAUCGAUCGUCCCGAGAAUGACAAUCGUGGAAAAGCUCGGCAGCUUCGCGUUUUUGCAAGCUCUUACACGGGAUCGAAAUCGGAGUUCGACAAAGGCGGCUGUUCGAGAAGGUUUCAUCCGAGUAGGUAUCAGUUAAGCCAAUCAGUUAUAUCAAUCAAAAUUCGUCCGAAGUUCGGCAGGCCUUUGAGAGAUUUAAUUAAGAAACCUAAAUCUCUGUUUGAGUCGCUUGUGACGAUACAUACAGUCAGACCGUCGGCUUCAAUUAAGAACUCGGAAUCUUCGUCCAAGUCCGCCGUGAAGACAUAUGCUACCGGACAGUCGAUUUCAACCGAGAAACUGAAAUCGACGUCUAAGGUCGUCGGACAAUUUGAUUCAGUUAAGAAAUCGGAAUCCGUUAGCGUUUCGAGAGCUUCAGUGCCUUCUUCUGAGUUCAUUGCGAAGAUAGACGCCACCGCACAGUCGACUUCAAUUGAGAAAUCGGAAUCCGUUAGGGUUUCGAGAGCUUCAGAGCCUUCUUCUGAGUUCAUCGCGAAGACAAACGCCACCGCACAGUCGACUUCAUUUAACAAAUCGGAAUCCGUCAGGGUUUCGAGAGCUUCAGAGCUUUAUUCUGAGUUCAUCGCGAAGACAUACGCCACCGCACAGUCGACUUCAGUUAACAAAUCGGAAUCCGUCAGGGUUUCGAGAGCUUCAGAGCCUUCAUCUGAGUUCAUCUCGAAGAUCUACGCCACCGCACAGUCGACAUCAAAUAAGAAAUCGGUAUCAGAUAGUCAUUCGAGAGCUUCAAUUUCUUCAUCGAAUUUCUUCGUGACAACACACACUACCGGUAGAUCGGCUUCUCCUAAACCGGCGGUGCCGCUGCCGCAAGUUACCGCCGAGCCACCGCCGACCUCGAACCCGACUCUGCGUCCAGUUUCUGGCCAUGGAAGGAAUCGGUCGGCGUACAUUCUGGAGGCGAACAGUUCCUUGGCCUUGUACUUAAUUCCUAAAGACGUUGAAGAGUUGAUCAAAAACGACGCUGUUCCUCCAGUUCUGAGACAUCCCGUGUGUCCUGCGACUUACAAGUCUUAUUUUGCUGCUCUUCUCUACGCUGAGGACUUCUACUGUAAGAAAUGGAGCGACUACAAAUUGGAAAGCGUGAAUUUAGAGCUUCAAGAAAUUGCGAUUCGUAAACAAGCAAAUAGAAAAGGGAGAAUCAACGACGAUGAAAAGUUCUAUAAAACCUUCGUGGCAUUCGAGUUUGAUUCAGUUCCUGAGAGGCGGCCGUUUCUACUGUCGAGGGAUUUGGUCCACGCACGACUCUCUGGGACCGAAUACGAGCCAUUUCAGGGUUUCGUCUAUCGAGUUUCUUCGAGUCAUAGGUCGAGGAAGGGAAGCGUUCUUUUGGUUGAUUUUGGAGACGAUUUUUAUGACUGGCAUCAUGAAACCAACAAAUAUGAUAUCAGUUUCACCUUCAACAGAGUUUGUUUAAAAAGAGCUCACCAAGCCAUACAAGAAGCAUCUGAUUCUUUGUUCCACAAUUUCCUUUUCCCUGAAUCCAUGUCAAGAACAAGACAUCCCUCCAUUCAAGUUACACAUUCUACCCAUCAAUGUCUUGAUCCUGCUCAAAAAAAUGCAGUCCAUCACAUUUUGAACCUUCAUGGCUCACCACCUUAUCUGAUCAACGGUCCACCGUGCAUUCACGUCAACGACCGAGCCCGGAAUCGAACGUUCGAGCUUUCGAGAACAGGCACAAUCGUUAAAGAAGCAGUGAUUCAGAUUUACUCAACCUCUCCUAAUUGCAGAAUCCUAAUCUGUGCUCCUAAAAACUCAACAUGUGAUGAGCUGAUGAUAUCUUUGAAGAAGGUGAUUCCCGAGUCCAACAUGUUUCGUGCUAUCGCCGCUUUUCGAGAGCGAGACGAUGUACCAUACGACAUAUUGUCUUCGUGUUAUUACAACGAGGACGAGCAGUGUUUCAGUUCUCCAAUACUCGACAAGCUCCGCGAAUACAAGAUUAUAUUCUCGACGUACAUGAGUAGCUUCCGACUACAUGCUAAAGGCUUGGCUGCUGGACAUUUCAACCAUAUUUUCUUGCUCGAUGCAUCGGCAGCUAUCGAGCCAGAGACGUUGGUGCCUUUGACUAAGUUUGCUACAAAUGCAACCAGUGUUAUAGUUACUGGACAGACAGGGAACCAACCUAAUGUUCGGUCAACAAUCGGUCGAAGAAAUGGAUUGAAGACAUCAUAUUUUGAAAGACUUGAGCUAAGCUUGCCAUAUAUAGACCUUAAUCCUCUAUUCAUUUCAGGCUUAGAGGAACAGACAGGAAGUAAUGGCGAAGUUGUUGGGUUGACCGGUACAUAUAUGUAUUAACAUACCAUAUUUUAUAAUAUAUAUAUAUA